GGUGUUCGACGAGGUGUUGGUUUGUUGUGUUUGUGGAAAUUAAACAAAAUUUUAAAGGAAAAUGUCAAAUGAGAACACCUUAGAUCUAUUGUAUGUACACGAAAGCUUUAAAAAAAGCUUAAAGGAUGAUGAUGACGUUGAAAUUGAAUCAUAUAUAGAUGGUUACAAUGAACUAGUAAAAUUCUUGAACUUAAUUGGGACAGUAUUUUCCUUCGUAAGUAGCGAUGUAAGGAGUAAAAUUAAAAUUAUGGAGAAGCUUAGAGUGGGAGAGGCCUCAAUCUAUUAUGAAUCUUUUAAGAAAAUGAUGAAGUAUGAAAAAGAGACAAAUCUGUAUGAAAAGAAUGAUUUUGUGUCUGGAUCAAGGACAAUGUUGCGACUACACAGAGGAUUAGACUUUAUUCGCUUGUUCUUAAAGCGAAUCAGUGAUGCUGAAGAAACAGUAAACACUUGUACAACAUGCCAAGGCUCUUACAACGAGACACUGGCUGAAUUUCAUCCGUGGUACAUACGGAAGGCAGCUACAUUAGCUAUGCAUGCUCUUCCUUCAAGACCUGAUUUAUUGAAAAAGAUAUUCGGUUCGGAAGAUAAGCUGACGGAAGCGAUGUCGAUCUUGCCCCAGACGCUGCAGUCCUGUGACGAGGUGUACCAGCGGGUCCACCAACUGUAUGCGGACUUCGCUUUCCACGACCUCCCCUGAGCCGAGUGUUGCCAAACCUGAGAAUUGCUCCAAAGCCCCUAGUGGACAUCGUAUGAUACCGGUAUAAACUUUCCAUAAGAUAAUUCAACUCCAUCGUACCUAAGUGAUAAAUAUGAUGAUUUAUGGUACGUCGUAUAUUUUGGACGGUUUAUCCAAACGUAGUAAAUGUAUAAUUUAUUAUAUAAUAUGAUAAUUUAUAAUAUUAUGUUGUAAUUGUCAUAAUAAAUUAUUCUACUGCAGAAACUAUAUAAUAUACUAGCUCACCCGACAGACGUUGUUCUGUACAUAAUAAAUAAAAUACUGUUUUUAUGAAAUUGUCAAUAGUAUUGCAUAACAUCAAAAAUUAUUUCGUAAAAUAUGCUUCUGUUAUAAUGAAAUUGUUUCACAGCAGAGCUGUCAAACCGUGCGUCAAUAAAUUCUCUCAUAGAAAACGAAAAUAAUUAUUAUGGGUCCCAAAUCGCAAUAAAAACUAUCCUAUCUCUCAAGUUGAACUAAACUGCACUCCAUGAAGUAAUCCCCAUUUAAAUUCGUUCAUUGGCGUUAGGAGUUCACUGGAAACAAACAUCAGGACACUGGAUUUAUAUAAAUAAAGUGCUUCUGGAAAUAAAUAUGUAUGUGUGAAUCGCGAAACAUGAUUCCACCUUAUUAUAUAGCACUGUGGCCGUCAAGAAACCUGUUUUAAUUAAUAACUUACCCUAUCUUUAUAUUAAUACGUUGUUACUCUUCAUGAGAUCAUCUUCAGCGAAUCAUUUCUCCAAACAACUUACAAACGCAUUAUUUACAAUGAAGUAGGGUUGUGUUUCAUUGUUAAAUACCGUCGAUAGAACUUUUCGGUUAGUCUACUCCGGAAAUAUAAAUGUAACAGUUUAUUGUAAUGUGUCAUGUACCAUCGACAAAAUUGAUUGAAGACCCAAUUUGCUGAUAAGUCUUUUAAAAUCAUAAAAACAGUUUAUUUUCCAACGAAAAAGAUUGUAUGACAAUAAUUAAUUGGUGGACUGUCACUGUCUUAUAAAAUAAUAACAGUUACUUAAAUUUAGGAAUGAUCUCCGCUGCGCUCCAACUAUAUACCCCAGGCGUAGUCGCAAAGUGCGGCAACUAAUUCUAUGCCCAAGUGGGCGUACUCGAGCCAGCCUCGAACAAUGUGUGACGUUUACGUGCCACAUUCUGUUAAACUUUGCCAAUAAUUGAAACUAAAAUGCUGAGUUGCAUCGUAAAACUUAAAAUAAAAAAAUAAUACCACAAGAAAUAAGAAAGACACUGGCAUCACAUAUCAUCAGUGAGUAUUAAGUAUUAAUUUCAAUGUAAAAUAAUACGAAGCGUAUGUUUCAAAAUUUGAAAGAUGCCAUUGAGUGUCGAAAAUCCUCGCUUGUGUGCAUCUAAUAGUUGCCGUAAUAAAAAACCUGUUGUUCUUAAAGCGGUAUAUAGUUGGAGCGCAGCAGUUACCAAUCAUUAAUCUAAGUUUCAAGCGAAUUUCGAUUAUGACUUUAGGAAAAUGACAUUAAGACACACGAUUCAAUUUUGUCGAUAGUACCUGUGAUAAGUAAGGUAAAUGCGACAUGAUUAUUAAUUAGGUACCCAGUUUAAUAAUUUUUCAAUGAAUAUGCAUGUAAUUUCUCUACAUUUCUAAUCGAUAGCUUACAUCGCUAAAUAAAAUAAGUAAUAUUUAACGCCCAAAUCGUAGGUAUUUAAAUAAAUAGUCAACUGACGCGGGAAUUUAGAAGGCCAUGAUCACGCCAUCUAUCGAUGCAGAAUAGAAUUAAGUAGUUAAUUUUUUACAAUGAGAAAUUGCAGGCGGUACCUAAAAUUGAUGAGUACUUACAAGCUAGUUAUUAACAUAUAAACAAAUUCAAGUUAGUUAGUAACAUAUAACUGAAAAUUUAUAUUACAUUCUUGUUAAUUUUCACUGAAGAAAUUUUAUUUCAUAUUUUUUUUUAGUUAUCUCUUGUAAUGUGAGUUUCUAGUCGUAAACAUAAUAAUUACAUUAAUUACCUUAAAAUACAGCUAAACAAAGGAUUCUGAAAUAUUUAAAACUGCUACAAAUAUUACAAAAAAGGAAAAAGAUUAAUUAUACUACAGGGGGCUUAAAAUAUAAUAAUAUCUCGCAACACUGCAUCCUUCUAAAGCCCUUUUCAGGCUACGCUAUGCUAUAAUUGUGAUAUAUAGUAUAGCAAAUAAGGACUUGAGUAUAGUAACCCAAUAAUAUUUCGUACAGUGAAGUGUGAACGUGUCCUAAUGUGUGGUGCGCGAUAUUGUUGUGCUAUGAACUAUAUGCUAUUAUAUUAUGGCGUAGUCUGCAAAGAGCUUUAAAGAAUUUUUCGCAAGUGCGAGAGAGAGCGCAAUAUCGGCAAUACUACUUCAAGUCCGAUAAGCGUUGCGUCUUUCAACUUAUCAUUCAAAACAUAGCCUUCAGAAGUAGCAGUUUAUAUAACAAAUUAUAUAUUAUCGUAUUAACUUUAAGUUAUGUAUAUGUUUUUGUAUAUCCGAGUUCCUAGUUUUUUUCAGUGGUUAUAUUGAAACGUAAGAUUAAUUUAGAUGUUUUGUUAAUAUAUCGCAUACCAGCUUAGAUAACACUUUGAUUAGUCGUAAGUGUAGAUUUUUAUACUAUUUAUUAUGAGCUCAAUUAUGAAACUGUUGCUCAUAAAAGCUCAGAAUAAGAAUACAUAAUUUGAUUAUUGUGUGAAUUUAGAUACAUUUAUUGCAUUUUAUAAUCGUAGCCAACAUUUUAAUAGUACAUAUUUGAUAUUUAGUUUUAUAUACAGCUGGAUAAAAAAUCAUGUCUUAGUGUAAGUUUAGUGAAAAGUAGAGUUUUAUUUACCAAUAAAAUUUUGAUUUCAUACUUAGUUUAAACAUGAUAAUGUAUUAUAAGCAAAACGCUAGUAAAAUGCGCCUUAAAGUGUUUAUAUACUUUAAAAAAUUUAUAAACGCAGUUUUUGGAGUGGCUUCAACAAGUUUUUAAACAAAGUUUUACUUCUUAUGGCACAUUAACACAAAAGGCUAAAUUGGCCUCUAAAAUACUUGGUGUCCUAUGUAGGGUGAGACAGUACUUCAAGCCGCAACUAUAUAAAGUGCAAAUUCGGCCUCACAUGGAGUACUGUUCUCACCUCUGGGCAGGUGCUCCCCAGUACCAGCUUCUUCCAUUUGACCGCAUACAACGAAGAACGGCUCGAAUCAUCGACGAUCAAGUCAUCUCUGAUCGGCUUGAUUCUUUGGCUUUGCGUAGAGAUUCGGUUCUCUCUGGAUCUUCUGUUCUUGCCUCGCCCACUUUGUUGAUUGCAGUCGUUGUUGCGUUGUCGCGACUGGUCUAGAUAGCGAUUCGUCAUUUCAUUUAUAUAUCUUAAAGUUUUAAAGUUACUUUUGUUUUUCUACGCCAAAGAAGUAUUACCGUUUUUACAGUACUUUAUUGUAAUAGUUAUUUAUGCAACUGUUGUGUAAUAAGGGGGUAUUAAAACACGAAUGUGGGUUGUGGGCCGCGGGAAUAGUAUCACAUGAGUGUUUUACGUACCUAAUUAUCAACAGUUGCUUUAUUUACAACUAUAAUGUUAUGAAUCCUCUAUAAAAGAUUCUGGAACAGUUAGCUUACUGCUAACAUUAAAACAGCCAGUCCUAGUAACCAUAAUAUCAUCCAAAGGAGUGUUAUUAUAAAAACGGCUGAUAUAAUGUUGUACUAAAUUUCAUUACAACACUCGCUUGAAUGAUGUAAUGGUUAAUAGGACAUUGGGUGUUUUAAUGUUGGCAAUAAACUGACUUUUAGAAUCAUUAAUAGAGGAUUUAAAGGAUGUGUUCAGAUAAAAUAUGUAUAAACAUCUGUGUUUUGUUUUUAUGCCAUUUCUGCAAAACAACUGAGAGGAGCUUUGUAAUUAUUGUAUUGCUAUUUCGGUUGUUUGUGUAUGCUCUGUCUAUGUGAUAUGGUAAGGCUAUGGUUCUUUGUUAAAAUGGCGAAUAGUUUAUAUUUGGUUCAAGUAUUGUUUUAGUUUUGCUAGUUGUAAGAGUAAGUGUUUGAGAACAUUCCCCGUAUUAAAUCCUUAAGGAUUAGAAAGCUAUUUGUACAUUAAAAUGUUUUUUUCGCUUG